AGUAUUUUGUCUCUUCAACCACGUAGCUAUGUGUCUACACCCCAGGGCGUCAGUAGUGUUCAUGCCCCAGCAAGUCUCAAGCAUUUUCUCGCAGCACUGAGGAACGUAACCUACAGUGAGGUAUACUAUCUAUCUCAAUCCAGCAGACUUUCAGGUUAUCCAAACAGUGCGCACCUACCAACGGAUUUCAAAGUCACGUUGUUAGCCCAGUCUCGUAUUACUCACAUUCCAGUUUCCUUGUCACCUUUAAUUGUAGGCCUCCAGCAGGGCUCGGGAGUGGCUUUAUGUGACCUCAGGGUGCGCCCUGAGCUGCUGACAUGCAGAGCUGCGCAAUGAUCGAGGGUGAGCGCAUAGGUGGGAUCUGGGACAAUGGGUGUGUAGCGACGGAAGAGACAAAUCAACAAAAGAAGAAGAUCUUCUAGACUUGUUAUUUGAUUAUUUUUUUGUAGUAAUUAGGAUGUCUAAACGUGUUAGACCCGGUUAUUACCGGCAAGAUGUCAAUAAAACCACAUGGGAAGUACCGGAGCGGUACCGGGAUCUGAAGCAGGUGGGGACCGGAGCGUACGGGACGGUAUGCUCAGCAGUGGACUCCAGAACAGGAACCAAAGUGGCCAUUAAGAAGCUCUACAGGCCUUUCCAGUCAGAACUCUUUGCCAAGCGGGCCUACAGGGAGCUGAGGCUUCUCAAACACAUGAAACAUGAAAAUGUGAUCGGCCUUUUAGAUGUGUUUACUGCUGACCUCUCCCUGGACAUAUUUCAUGAUUUUUAUCUGGUGAUGCCGUUCAUGGGGACGGAUCUGGGGAAGCUGAUGAAGCUGCACAAGCUGUCAGAAGACAAGAUUCAGUAUUUGGUUUAUCAAAUGCUCAAAGGGCUUAAGUAUAUUCAUUCUGCUGGUAUAAUUCACAGGGACCUCAAACCAGGAAAUCUUGCCAUCAAUCAAGAUUGUGAGCUCAAGAUCUUGGACUUUGGUCUGGCGCGGCAGGCGGACAGUGAGAUGACGGGGUAUGUGGUGACUCGAUGGUACAGAGCCCCCGAGGUGAUCCUGAGCUGGAUGCACUACACUCAGACUGUGGACAUUUGGUCUGUUGGCUGCAUCAUGGCAGAGAUGCUGCAAGGAAAACCCCUUUUUAAAGGCAGCGACCACCUAGAUCAGCUGACUGAGAUCAUGAAGACCACAGGAACACCAACUCAGGAAUUUAUAUCAAAACUUGAAUCUGAGGACGCUAAGAGCUACAUUAAAAGUCUUCCAAAAGUGGAAAAGAAAGAUCUUCAGAAAGUGUUUUCCACAACUAAUCCACAAGCCGUGUCUGUGCUGGAGCGCAUGUUACUGCUGGAUCCUGAGUGCAGGGUAACCGCUACAGAGGCUCUCAAGCUGCCUUACUUCACUGAGUUCAGGGAACCAGAGGAGGAGACAGAAGCGCAGCCGUACGACCACUCGCUAGACAACACAGACCUGCCCCUGGCCCAGUGGAAACGUCACACCUUCACAGAGAUCUUGACCUUCCAACCGGUUUUGCCAGAAUCCAAGGAAACCUCACUGUAAGACACAAAGAGUAGCCUGUGCAGCCUGGGGACCAGAACAAACUAACAUGUCUUUUUAUUUUGAUCUGUGAAAAUGCUGGCUUAAUGAAUGCCUGUGGGCUCAGUUCACACUUCCCUUACAAGUGCAAGCUUGUGUUUGGGACCUUCCAGAUGUGGAUUUGUCUUUGUCUUUCAACAUCAUGCUGGUCUGGUAGCUUGCUUCCUGACUCUAGCGGUGCUGAAGAUGCUAGCUCAGCUGACGUAUCAGGUAUUCUUUGAUGAGUAAGUCAUCAAGGAGUUAUGUCUUUGUCUUAGUUACUUGUGGUACAUAUACAUUGUAUGAGUUCUUUACCAAAUAUGAUCUCUACCUACCUGUUUGUAUCAAGUAUAAAUCAAGAAAUUGCAGUAGACACAAUUUACUUUAGAGGAAACAGAAAUAUUAAAGUCAAACUUAGAUCGAAAUUCUUGACGGAUCCUAGUGAAAUUCAUUGUUUAAUAGGGAUGCUGUAUUUGAGUGACAUUUGCAUCAGUGGCAUAAGCACAAUUUAAGGCCAAUAGACCCAGGACAAUUCAUGAUGCUGCAAAAACAAACUGAUUUAGAAUAUUAGUAUAGCAAUAUCAGUUUGAUUGACAGAUAUUGUUGUUUUGUGACAUUGUUGUUUUCCUGCGGUGGCUACAUGUCCUCAAAACACAUUCGAUUGGAAUUAUUGGUACAUCCUUGUGUGUGUGUGUGUGUGUGUCUGUGUGUGUGUGAGUAGUCUACACGUCUGCUCUGACCUUGUUAUUCCACACAGUGGCCUUAAGAUAACGACAAAACAAAACUACCACCGAGCUGCUGAAAUCCAUCCUAGCACGUUCUGUUCAAACAUUUUGAUUUCAUACAAAAAAAACAUCAGUCACCUUUAUCUGUUUGUUUUAAACACAGUAGUAGCACAAAACACAUUGUCAGUCUUGAUUUGUGAAUUAAUGUUUCAAACACCACUCAUGCAUUUUUAUUAUUAAAAAUUCUGUG